AUGGCUCCUGCAAUGGAAAUUGAAUCCAAUAUGCAGAACCUUCACUUUGUUUUAGUUCCUUUGUUGGCUCAAGGCCAUAUGAUUCCAAUGAUAGAUAUGACGAAAUUGUUUGCAAAACGUGGGGUGAGAGUAACUCUGGUGAUCACUCCAAACAAUGCGUUGAGAUCAGCCCGAGCCAUUCGUCGGGCUCGAGAUUCAGGGCUUCCGAUUCGUGUCCUGGAAAUCCCAUUUCCCAGCAAAGAAGUUGGGCUGCCGCCUGGAUGCGAGAAUUUGGACAGCGUCCCUUCAAAGGAUCUACUCAGACCAUUUUACAGAGCACUUGACAAGCUUCAGGGCCCGUUGGAGAAAUAUCUGCGAGAAAAUGAGUACCCUCCAAGCUGCAUAAUCUCGGAUAAGUGUUUGUCCUGGACCUCAGAAACAGCUAAGAAAUUCCAGGUCCCAAGAAUCGUUUUCCAUGGAAUGUGCUCAUUUUCGCUGCUAAGUUCCCACAAUGUAAGUCUCCACAGGCCUCAUCUUGCUGUUGAUUCCGACCAAGAGCCUUUCAUCAUCCCUGGAAUGCCGAUGCGGGUCGAAAUCACAAGGGCUAAGUUGCCCGGAUCAUUUGUUACAUUGCCCUGUUUCAAUGAUAUCAGGGACCAGAUGACUCAGGCUGAAUCUAAUGCUUACGGAGUUGUUGUGAAUACAUUUGCUGAAUUGGAACAUGGUUGUGUGGAGGAAUACAGGAAGGCCAUAAACAAGAAGGUUUGGUGCAUUGGCCCUGUUUCGCAAUGCAACAAACAGAAUUUGGACAAAUUUGAGAGAGGGAACCCAUCAUCAAUUGACAAAAAUCUGAUUGGGGUUCGUGUCGGCGUGGAGCUUCCCGUGAGAUGGGGAGAUGAGGAGAGAGUUGGAGUUUUGGUUUCCAAAGAGCAAGUUGAAAUCGCCAUUGAAAGGCUAAUGAAGGAUCCAGAAGAUGGCAUGGAAAGAGGGGUCAGAGCCAGAGAGCUUGCAUUGACAGCCAAGAAUGCAAUGGAGGAUGGAGGAUCCACUAGCUUUAGCAUUUCGCUUCUCAUCAAUGACAUCAUGGGACAAGUACGUCUUCGGACGUCAUGA